UUGAACUUUUCUUCUUCACUUCUUCGUCUUCAGGUCCUUCUGGUACAUCCCCCUUUACCUCAUUUCCGUUCAUAAUAUAAAAUUUCUCCUCCUCCUCCUCUCUCUCUCUCAGAAACUGAUAAGUUUUUCACUCAUUCUUCUCUCAGUUAGUUCAUAAAAAAUGCCCGCUUGGUGGGGAAGGAAAUCCACCAAGAGUAGCUCCAAAGACCCACAGCCCAAUUCUCCGGCCAGCGUCAAGAAUGAAAGCCGGAGAGCCGCCGCCGCCGUUGAUAGGAGCGACAGGCCCAAGAGCUUCGAUGAGUCGUUCGGAACAGUUAUAGCGAGGAAUUCGCCCAGAAGUAGCAGAGAAUUCUCUAGUGGUAGAGGGUCUUCGGGGUUCUCGGGUUUCGAUUCGGCUUCGUCUGAUAAACCGCUUCCACUGCCGACGCCGUCGAAUGAACAUGGGAUUGGAUUGGGAUCUGGGUCGGAGUCGGGAUCCAGCGUUAGCUCUACUGGCUCCUAUGAUGAUCAUCCCCACCCCGAUCAUGCUCAACCGUCUUCUUUCAGAGGAGCUGGGGACAACAGGAUGAGCCCGCUAUCUCGAAGCCCUGUUAGAUCGAGAGCACCUACUACCACACCGUCACCUCUACAUCCUCGAUUUGUGGGUGGUAGUUUGGAUUCUCCAACGGGGAAGUUGGAUGAUGCCAAGAGUGAGUGUCAUCGGUUGCCUCUUCCACCUAGCUCUCCGACCAGCCCUCCCGCUCUGCCAAAUCCAAGAACUUGUGUCACUGAAAGCUUGAGUGGUAAUUUGUCAAAAUGGAAGAGGGGAAAGCUUCUGGGCCGAGGCACGUUUGGCCAUGUCUAUCUCGGAUUUAACAGUGAGAAUGGGCAAAUGUGUGCGAUAAAAGAAGUCAAAGUCGUUGCAGAUGAUCAGACAUCCAGAGAAUGCCUCAAACAAUUAAACCAGGAAAUCAGCUUGCUCAGUCAAUUUUCACACCCAAACAUUGUUCAAUACUAUGGAAGUGAACUGGGCGACGAAACGCUCUCAGUUUACUUGGAGUUUGUGUCGGGGGGAUCUAUCCAUAAGUUGUUGCAAGAAUAUGGUCCGUUCAAGGAGCCCGUUAUCCAAAAUUAUGCCAGGCAAAUUCUAUCUGGCCUUGCGUACUUACACGCAAGAAAUACGGUGCAUAGGGAUAUCAAAGGAGCAAAUAUUUUGGUCGGCCCCAAUGGUGAAAUCAAGGUUGCAGAUUUUGGCAUGGCUAAACAUAUUAACUCGGCCUCGUCAAUGCUAUCUUUCAAAGGAAGCCCCUAUUGGAUGGCACCCGAGGUAGUUAUGAAUACAAAUGGCUACAGCCUUGCAGUAGAUAUAUGGAGCUUAGGAUGUACGAUUCUUGAAAUGGCAACAUCUAAACCACCUUGGAGCCAAUACGAAGGGGUUGCCGCCAUAUUUAAAAUUGGAAACAGCAAAGAUAUGCCUGAAAUACCCGAUCACCUAUCUAACGAUGCCAAAAAUUUUAUAAGGCUAUGUUUGCAGCGGGACCCGUCUGCACGACCUACAGCGGCACAGCUUCUCGAACAUCCUUUUACUAAAGACCAAAAGACGGCAAAAGUUGCCCACGCUAACAUUAUUAUUAAGGAACCAAAUCCUUCCUCCUUUGAUGGAAGCCGUACCCCGCCAGCUCUGGAUCUACACCCCUGCCGGGGUUAUAUGGGGUCUCUCGAGGCAGACAAUUCUACAAAACCCGUUACUAUAUCUAGACCCAUGAUCAGCUCGAGGGAAAGCGCAAGAACCAUAACUUCGUUGCCGGUAUCUCCCUGUUCGAGCCCUCUAAGACAGUACGAGCCUGCACGCAGAAGCUGCUAUCUCUCCCCACAACACCCAUCGUAUCCCCUCAUGGGCCAAAGCGGGUACAAUGUGAACGACUACUCAACGCUAACAACAGCAAGGCCGAAUACCAGAAGCACGCUAGAUCCAUGGCUCGAGAUGGCUCAAUAUCGAGGCCAAACAGCGGGUAGAUCCUCGAAAACAAGACCCAUUCUUUAGACACGACCCCAGAAACACGAGCAUGCAAUGGGUUUUGCCCUUCUCCGAGGGAGAUGAACUGCUAGCCGGUGAAGAAAUUCAAGAAAAAUGGGAAUUCGUUUUUUGGGUGAUCAUGCGGCAUUCGUUCCCCGGUCCCGGUGGCUGUAAUCUGUAAAGAUCACAUCUUUUUUGUUGCUAAAUGUAAAUAAAAUGUGUAAUCUUGGGAGUUGGUAAAUGUAGUAGGAGUGGGUGAGAUUUGGUGUACUCACAAGCCACAAGUCAUGCAUAUAUAGCGAUAUAUACAGACUUGGAAAAACAUUUCCUGUAAUCCAGAUUCAGGUUGUCAUACGCAUUUGAUACCUAAAUUUUGUGUGUU